GAAAAAAACAACAGGCAUUCAGUCAAUUUUUAACGAUGAAGGCUACAAAUUCAACGUCACUUUUUGCAUUGAACAGAGAUGUUCGGAUGAUCUGGGUUGGAAUACUAUAUUUUGCGAUUUCAAUAUUUAUUCCUCCAUUAUUUUAUGUAAUUAUGAAGAUAAUUUAUAAACAAGAUAAAACAACUCCAAACUUUACAUAUAAAUUGAUGAAUUUUAUUUUAUUACUCCAGCUUUUGCAAGGAAUUUGUCAUUUUAUAACAUCCCCAAUACUUGUAUUCCCUGCUUUGCUUACCGAAUUUGAAGUUAUUGUUCGGAUACUUGGAUGCAUGGCAAAUACCAGCUGGAUAGGUGAAUUACCAAUGAUGGCUCUCUUAGCGAUCUGCCGAGUUUUAAUUUUUGCCAACUCAAUGGAAAUUCGUAUAACUCCUUUAGUAGUGAAAAUGAUAGUGGUUUGCAUUGUAUGUUGGGUUCUAUUCGUAUUCAUUGCUGGUUGUAUAACUCAAAACUUAAUGUUUUCACCGCCAAGUUGGGGAUAUGAUUUCAGUGUUCCAUAUGCAGAACUGUUUGAUAUGCUCGAAAUAUUUUUAACAGUUCCGUGCUUGGCGAUAUCUUAUUUCGCCUACCUCACUAUAAUUUUUCUGAUUUGCUCUAAAAGAAAUCGAAACGGCAGUAAUCAAUCGAGGAAAAAUGAAAUACGGAUUCUCAUUCAGUCGACAUUUGUAACCACAUACAUGGCAUGCCUAGUGGUUGUAUGGCAUCCAGUUAUCUUUACAAUGGUUUCUUUUAUUGAUAUGACUAAAUUUAGAAACAUAGCAAUUGCAAAUGGUUUUUGGAUUCUGCACAGCUACUGUCAUCCAAUUAUUAUAUUGAUAUUUCAUAAGACAAUUCGGAUUGAUUGCUUGCUGAAACUGAAAUUAAGAUAUAACAGUUCAACUCAACAACGUGUUUGGAAACCACCAAGAUCUUCAUGA